AUGACUUGGUCCUCGAAGCACCAGGGUUUGGUUCUCUACUUCUAUACUUUUUUACUGCUCCCUUCGACAUGCCUGGCAUACAUUGCUACCAGAGACAACUGCUGCAUCUUAGAUGAAAGAUUUGGUAGCUACUGCCCAACUACCUGUGGAAUUGCAGACUUCCUGUCCACUUACCAAACCGAGGUAGACAAGGAUCUGCAGUCUUUGGAAGAACUCUUCAGACGAACUGAAAACAAAACAGCAGAAGCUAAAGAAGUGAUCAAAUCAUUCCAAGUCACCUAUAACCCCAAUGAGCCACCAAAGCCAAGCAGGAUCGUGAGUGCUACCAAGGAUUCCAAGAAAAUGAUGGAAGAAAUUAUAAAAUACGAGGCAAUGGUUGGAUCACACGAAUCGAAUAUUCGAUUUUUACAGGAAAUAUAUAACUCAAAUAACCAAAAGAUCAAUAACCUGAAACAGAAGGUAGCCCAGCUUGAAGCAAAGUGUCAGGAACCUUGCAGAGACACAGUACAAAUACAUGAUAUAACUGGGAAAGAUUGUCAAGACAUUGCCAAUAAGGGGGCCAAGGAGAGUGGGCUUUACUUUAUCGAACCUCUGAAAGCUAAGCAGCAGUUCCUGGUCUACUGUGAAAUUGAUGGAUCUGGAAAUGGAUGGACAGUGCUGCAGAAGAGGCUUGAUGGCAGUUUGAAUUUCAAGAAAAAUUGGAUUCAAUAUAAAGAAGGAUUUGGACAUCUGUCUCCUACUGGAAACACAGAAUUUUGGCUGGGAAAUGAGAAGAUUCAUUUGAUCAGCACACAGUCGGCCAUACCGUACGCAUUAAGAAUACAGUUGGAGGACUGGAAUGGCAGAACCAGUACUGCAGACUAUGCCAUGUUCAAGGUGGGACCUGAAGCUGACAAAUACCGCCUGACGUAUGCCUACUUUAUUGGUGGAGAUGCUGGAGAUGCCUUUGAUGGCUAUGAUUUUGGCGAUGACCCUAGUGACAAAUUUUUCACAUCCCACAAUGGCAUGCAGUUCAGUACCUGGGACAACGACAAUGAUAAGUACGAAGGAAACUGUGCCGAACAGGAUGGGUCUGGUUGGUGGAUGAACAAGUGUCACGCAGGCCACCUCAAUGGAAUUUAUUACCAAGGUGGCACUUACUCAAAAACAUCUACUCCUAAUGGUUAUGAUAAUGGCAUUAUUUGGGCCACUUGGCAAUCCCGGUGGUAUUCCAUGAAGAAAACUACCAUGAAGAUAAUCCCAUUCAACAGAUUAGCCAUUGGAGAAGGACAGCAGCACCACCUUGGGGGAGCCAAACAGGUUGGACCAGAACACCAUGUUGAAAUAGAAUACGACUAA